GCCACUGAUUUAGACGUCACUGGGGAACAUGGCGGCGUGCUUUAUGUUGGGACGAGUUUCUUCAAAUUUAACUUAUGCACUGCCCAGAGUUUUGCAUACAAAUGUUUUCUCUCCUGCUCGACUGCUGGCGAGAACGUGUUUUAAAAGAGAUCUGUCACUGACUCCUCGCUUUUCUUCAGCACUGAAGUACACAGACAAACAUGAGUGGGUGCGAGUGGAAAAUGGCGUAGGCACUGUGGGCAUCAGUAACUUUGCUCAGGAGGCUUUGGGUGAUGUGGUGUAUUGUGGUCUUCCUGAUGUUGGCACAAAACUCUCCCAAUCAGAUGAGUUCGGUGCUCUGGAGAGUGUGAAGGCAGCGAGCGAGCUGUACUCACCUUUAACCGGAGAGGUGACUGAAGUUAACCAUGCUCUUUCUGACAAUCCUGGACUGGUCAAUAAGUCAUGCUACAAAGAUGGCUGGCUGAUAAAAAUGACCGUAUCAGUACCAGAAGAACUGGAUGCUCUAAUGGAUGAAGCAGCGUACGAGAGAUACAUCAAGUCUAUAGAGGAAUAGUAAUAAUCCAGAACCUCAUGUGCAUGGAUUUGACAAGUUCAUGCUCUCCUGUGGGUGAAAAUGAAAGACAAUACGGUUCGACUGCAUAAUUCUUAUUUACUGAUUUGUCUGAUUAAAGCCUGCAGCUUUAGUUUAGAUGUAUAGAUAUAUUCCAGGCGAAAAAGCCUUCAAAAUAACCAUGGGUUCGAUCCAGCGGUACUCAGUGUGCUCUUCCUGCAUUCCAGUUUAAGGCUAAUAUUGUGAUGAUGGUUCAGUCUGUGUAUGAUGGAGGUGUAUGACACAGAACCUGCAUGCUGCCUCAGUAUUAGAUUUUUAUUAGGUUUUUGACGAUCUGAUCCUUUCUUUGUUUUUUGUUUAAAGUCAGCAGCUGCUAGGUGAAGAUUGAUAACUAACACUAAUUAAAACUACUGAUUUUCUGAA